AUGGCUCGUGUAAUCGAAGCUCCUGCUAUAGAUGAAGAAGAAAUCCAAAGAAUAUACGAAUGGGUUGAUGAUAUUCCUCUUUCCCGUCCAAAGCGUAACAUUACUAGAGAUUUUGCAGAUGGAGUUAUGAUGGCUGAAACCAUAAAGCACUUCUUUCCAAAGCUCGUAGAAAUCCAUAAUUAUCCUCAAGCACAUUCUGUUCAGCAAAAAGUGGCUAACUGGAACACUUUAAAUACAAAAGUGUUUAGGAAGAUGGGUUUCCAAAUAGCUAGAAGUGAUAUUGACAGCAUAGUCAACUGUGCGCCAGAGGUAAUUGAACGAGUCCUUAGACUUAUUCAAGAAAAAAUAAAUGAAUAUAAAGACAGAAAGCCUGAGCAAGAUGAAAGUCCUCCUCAAGGCGCAAGACUUCAAGGACUCGCAAAACCUAAAGGACAGAGCCAAAGCCCAACUGAAGUGAAAGCUCAACCUAGUAAUUCGGCAGUAAGAGAAAAAGAGCAAGUUAUAAAUGAACUUAAAGAAACAAUUGAAAUUAUGGAAAAUAAAAUUGCCAAACUUGAGCAGCUAGUCAAGCUGAAGGAUUCGAAAAUCCAGAUUUUAACGAGCAAGUUGCAAGCAGCAGGGUUGAGUUAA